AUAUAUAUCUACAUGUGUGUAUACAUAGGUUAGCAGUUAACCACGAAUUCCCCGCGAUUAUCGUGAGUUUGUAACAAAGCCAGUAAUUAAUGAAGUUUGUCUUUCGCAAUUAAAUGAUCGUAUAUGCAUUAGCAACGAUUUAACAGAAUACUUAAUAUUUUACAAAAACGUUUGCAAUUCCAAAAAUAACCGACACUUUGAAUAUAAUGCCGUUGGCGACUCUAACGGCUCCUUGGACCGAGCACUGUAUAAAUGAAAAGCAAAGUUCGGAAAUUCUUCCGGCUGAAAAUCAGGAAGAAACGAUGAUUACUCAAGGUAAUUUACUCGAAAAAUUGAACGGUUGCUCGGAAUCUCAGAUUGAAUCUGAGAUUGAAGUACGUGAUAUGGUAAGAGAUGGUUAUGAAAAGGCAGAACCUUCCCACUUUGAGUUACUAAAAGUCCUUGGCCAAGGUUCCUUUGGCAAGGUAUUUUUAGUAAGAAAAGUUAUGGGAAAUGACAGCGGUACACUAUAUGCUAUGAAGGUUUUAAAGAAGGCAACAUUGAAAGUUCGUGAUAGAGUUAGAACCAAAAUGGAAAGAAACAUAUUGGUAGAUGUAGAACAUCCAUUUAUCGUUCGACUACACUACGCAUUUCAAACAGAAGGAAAGCUUUAUUUAAUCCUAGAUUUUCUAAAAGGCGGUGAUCUCUUUUCCAGAUUAUCCAAAGAGGUAAUGUUUACAGAAGAAGAUGUUAAAUUUUAUUUGGCUGAACUAGCACUUGCACUGGAUCAUAUACAUAAACUUGGAAUUAUUUAUCGAGAUCUGAAGCCUGAAAAUAUUUUAUUAGAUACAGAAGGCCACAUAUCUUUAACGGAUUUUGGAUUGAGCAAACAACCUUUGGAUUCUGACGAUUCGAAGGCAUAUUCUUUUUGUGGCACUGUUGAGUAUAUGGCACCGGAAAUUGUUAAUAGAAAAGGGCAUACUUUUACAGCGGAUUGGUGGAGUUUUGGUGUUUUAAUGUUUGAAAUGCUGACAGGCGCUCUUCCGUUUCAAGGUGGAAAUCGUAAAGAAACAAUGACGCAAAUCUUGAAAGCUAAACUCGGAAUGCCACACAAUCUUUCGCCGGAAGCCCAGGCACUUUUGAGGGUAUUGUUUAAGCGAAAUCCAGCGAAUCGCCUUGGUGCUGGUGGAGUAGAAGAAAUUAAAAGUCAUAUUUUCUUCGCUACCAUCGAUUGGGAUGCUCUUUACAAAAAGGAAAUAAAACCGCCAUUUAAACCAGCCGUUAGGGAAGAUGAUGCGUUUUACUUCGAUAGCGAAUUCACCUGUAAAACACCUAAAGAUUCUCCUGGAUUACCGCCUAGCGCGACCGCUCACGAAUUAUUCCGUGGAUUCAGCUUCGUCGCGCCGUGUUUGCUCGCGGACGCGGAUCUCGCCAAGCCCCCGGAGGGCAAAAAUUAUGCAAACAUCAGCUUAGCAUCUACCUUUCCCUCCUAUGUCAAUCCAGUUUCCAUAACUGAUGAAUACGAAUUUAAAGACGAGAUUGGCAAGGGCAGUUACAGCGUGGUUUAUUUAGCCGUUCAUACGGCAUCCAAGAUGGAAUACGCAGUGAAGGUGAUCGAGAAAUCGAAGCGAGAUCCGACGGAGGAAAUAGAAAUUCUAUUACGGUAUGGCAGGCAUCCCCAUAUCGUAACGUUGAGAGCGGUUCACGAAGAUGACAGACGAGUGUAUCUCGUAUUGGAACUUUUACGCGGUGGUGAACUACUUGACCGUCUACUGCAGAGGCGAAAUUUUACUGAGCGGGAAGCUGCCGAAGUCAUUUACACUAUUACCAGUGUGGUGCACUAUCUUCACGAGAACGGAGUUGUUCACAGAGACUUGAAGCCAUCUAAUAUCUUGUACGCGAAGUCUGGUGGCGAUCCAACGACGCUUUGUAUAUGCGACCUCGGCUUUGCAAAACAAUUACGAGCGGAAAACGGUUUAUUAAUGACGCCUUGCUACACGGCGAAUUUUGUAGCGCCCGAAGUGUUGAAACGUCAAGGAUAUGAUGCGGCGUGUGACAUUUGGUCGCUCGGAGUUUUAUUGUACAUCAUGCUGGCUGGGUACACGCCUUUUCGCAACAGCCCAGGAGAUAGCGUGAGCGAUAUAUUAGACCGCAUUGGCCCGGGAUACAUCGACGUGGAAAGCGGGAUAUGGUGUCAUAUUUCAAGCGAAGCUAAAGAGUUGGUUAAAAGAAUGUUGCAUGUCGAUCCCAAUCGUAGGCCUACAGCAGCCGUUAUUUUGAAGUAUCCGUGGAUUGUAAAUCGGCAACUUAUCCCUCAAAAAGUAUUACCGGAUCUUAUUAAAGAUACGCACAGUUUGAAGAUGGCUGUAGCAGCGACGUAUAGAGCAAUGGCGAGCAAUCCAAGAUCACCGCAUAUUGGUCCUGUGGUCAUGUCUGAAUUAGCACGUCGUAGAACACAAGGCAAAUCUGCUGGUCCCACCCAAGUUUAAAUCUUUGAAUAUUUCUUGUAUGUGACAAAUUUAACUCUUAUCUCAAGAUUUACAAAUGGAGACACAUAGGGUAACGAAGAGUAUCCUGUGUUUUAAAAUAAAAUACCCUGUUGUUUAAAGUA